AUGAGCACAGUGACUAAUGAAUCGAAGAAGAAGGAAACUAUUGACAAGGCACUUAUAUAGUAGUAAAGGGAACAAUUAAAGCAGACAGUUUUGGAAAGAUUUAUCAAAGAUUUCGGUAAGAACAACAAAAACAAAAUAUAAAUAAUCACUCAAAUAGUGAACGAUUAUUUUACAAAAACCAGGGUGACUGAUGUAACUUUGAAAUCUCUAAAAUAAUAAGUUUAAUAAGCAAUUCAAAAUGCAGGAUCAACUACAUAGUCAUAAGCUGAAAAAUCAAUAUAGGAAUCCCAAGUCACUCAAUAAUAGCAAGCACAAGGUGCUCCAUAACAAAAGCCUCCUAGUAGUCAAUCUAGAAAAUCAAAUUAAUAACAAUAAUAGUUGUAAUAGUAUAACUAGGAUGGGCAUUCAGAAAUAUCAUCUAAAGCUCCAAAAUCUGUGUAUAUGAUGGAAGGUGAUGAGGAUGAUGAGUGGGCUACUUUGGUGAAGUUCGACACUGAAUUAUACAAGAAGGAGAAGGAACUGGAGAAUGUUAGGAAACAAGAAUUCAAAAAGAAGAUAAAGAAUGAAUUGGAUAGAUAAUUAAAUGAGAAACAAAACAAAAAGCAUGAGGAGGUUUAGGAUGAAGAUGCUUAUGUUAAAUUACAUCAUUAUUAAUUGAAUGUUUAUGAUCAAAGAGAAAAAGAGAAAUAGGAUAAUCUUAAGGGCAAAAUAUUCAAUGAAAAACUAUAGAGAGACAAAUAAGUAAGAGAUGAAUAGCAAAGGAAAAAGUAAGAAUAAAAGAAGGAGAAAGAACUUGAUAGUUUACUUGUGAAGAAGAUUAGAGAGGAAUUGGAAUUGGAAUAGAGAGAAUAACUCAAUAGAAGAAAUAAAGAGAGAGAGAGGUUCUUGAGGAUGAUGAAGGAGAAUGAGGAGUAUAGAAAAAAGGCAUUAGAGGAUGCUAAAUUAGAGAAGGAGGCUGAAACCUAGAUGUAAUAGCAAUACAUUAAUUUGCAAAAUCAAUUGGAGGAACAAAGAGAUUUGGAAAGGAAAUAGAGAGAAGAGAAGAUGAAAAAAGUUAUGGGGAUGUUUGCAGAGGGGGUUGUGAGAGAUUAAAAGGAAUUAAUAAGAUAGGAGGAUGAGAAAAUGUUAAGGAAUAUUAUAGCAUAAAAUGAAAGGGAGAAAAUUGAAGAGGAUAAAAAGAAGGUUAAAUAAUUAGAUUAAAGAUAAUAAUUAAGAUCAUUCUUAAAUUCUUAAAUAGAGGAAAAAAAGAGAAGAUAGGAAGAAGAAGAAGAGUUAAAUAAAAGAUAAGCUGAAAUCUGGAAGCAAGAUUUGGAUAAUUAUAAUGAUCAUGAGAAAAAGAAAUUUGAUUAUAUUAAAGAAGUAAAUUUAAGGCAUGCUGAUAUAUUGAAAAGUCAGAUUGAGGAGAAGUAAGGUAAGAUUAAAAAGAAAACAAAUAAAAUGAACACAGCUGAAUUGCUUUAAAAUAAAGACAAACUCAAAGUUAUAGCAUAAGAAGUCCCAGACCUUGGUGAGAAAGUUAAGAAGAUUGAGAUUUGA